AUGGCUCCCAGAAAGAGCAAAUCCAAAGCGCCUUCCGUGGCCGGAAGCCAGGCUAGUGGUAGCGAUAUGCCAGCCAGUGGAUGUGAGUUCAAUGCUGAACUGCUGCACGUCUUCAGAAAACAUGUGAAUGAUCUCCAUGACUUGUGGCCCGAUGUGACGAUGGAGGACCCGCUGCUGGUCAAGGAUGGUGGAAAAGAGGCCCCAUUCAACAGUUCUCACUAUACAUCGGUGAUGAACAGCACGGAGACUGGGAAGAAGGUGUACCGAUGUGGCCAAAACUGGUUCCGUCAUAAUUUGUUUUGGAGCCCAACUUCCGGAGUUCCUCGGUUGCAUUCACUGUGCUUCUGCAGAAACAAGUUCUUACAACGCAAUAUUGCCAAGUUGGUUGACUGGGAGAUUUUAGAGCCCAGAAAAACAGAAGGAAAGCACUUUGAGUAA